UUCUUCUCCCUUGUCUGAAUAUUCAUCAAAACGCUACAAACCAUUCUUUCGUUAAUUUCAAAAGAUUAUAUGCACUGCGUUCCUUCUCCAGCUAAUAAAUUUGUAAUUUGAUCAGAUCUUUUUCGUUCUGGUUGUGUUGAUCGCGUUGUCUCCUUCAUCUUUUACAAUCGUCGUGGAACGUCAACUCCAAAGAUAAAGAACGAUUGCAUGAGGUUCUUAGCGGGAAGAAGCAGUGAUUUUGUAAGCUAGGGACAAAGAAGAAGGAUCGGAUCCCAACAACAAUUGGUGUUUUAGGAUCAGAUAGUAACGUAUAGAGUUUCUCUGAGAAAAAUAAAAUGGGUGUAGAUUACUACAAUAUAUUGAAGGUUGAUAAAAAUGCUACAGACGACGAUCUGAAGAAGUCAUAUAGAAAGCUGGCCAUGAAAUGGCAUCCUGACAAAAAUCCCAACAACAAAAAAGAAGCUGAAGCCAAAUUCAAGCAGAUCUCAGAAGCCUAUGAGGUACUAAGCGACCCUCAGAAGAGGAUGAUUUAUGAUCAGCACGGAGAGGAAGGGUUGAAAGAUAUGCCACCGCCAGGGAAUGGACCAUCAAGUGGGUUUAAUCCCAGAAACGCUGAGGACAUAUUUGCGGAAUUCUUUGGGAGUAGCCCUUUUGGAUUUGGAUCUGGAUCAUCUGGACCAGGAAAGUCCAUGAGGUAUCAGUCGGAAGGACCCGGAAUAUACGGUGGUUUUGGUGGAGGCGACAACAUUUUCCGUACAUACAAUGAAGGCAAGCAAAUGCCAAAAAAGCCACCAGCUGUGGAGAGCAAAUUGCCUUGCAGCCUGGAUGAGUUAUACUCUGGAUCUACGAGGAAAAUGAAGAUCUCAAGGACUAUUGAUGCCAAUGGACGGCCGGUGACAGAAACAGAGAUAUUAAGCAUUGAUGUAAAACCCGGGUGGAAGAAAGGUACCAGGAUCACUUUCCCAGAUAAAGGGAAUCAAAAACCAAAUCAACUGCCAGCUGACCUUGUGUUUGUGAUUGAUGAAAAGCCUCAUGAUUUGUACACGAGAGAUGGGAAUGACCUGAUUGUGAGCCAAAGGGUCUCACUAGCAGAGGCAAUAGGAGGAACAACGGUGAACCUAACCACACUUGAUGGACGGAGCCUAUCAAUACCAGUGACUGACAUUGUGAGCCCUGGCUAUGAGCUUCUUGUUCCAAAGGAAGGAAUGCCUAUAGCAAAGGAGCCUGGGAAUAGGGGUGAUUUGAAGAUCAGAUUUGAGGUUAAGUUCCCAACAAGGUUGACGUCAGAGCAACAAGCAGGGCUCAAACGAGCAUUGGGAGGUUGAGAAUCCUUUCUUCAUAUUUGCAGCAUUUUUACUGCCUUGGAUUCACUGACACAGUUGAAUGCUGGGGAGACAAAAUUGCCAGUCCCCAUUUCUGUUGUGUGAUAUUUAACGUUCUUUCGCGUUUUUUGUGUAAUAUGGCCCAUUCUACUGUAAUGUCGUGCUAAGGUAUCCGUACUUGUAUUGACCAUGUUAAGUAUCCAGACUAGAUUCUAGAACAUAAUAUUUGAAAAACAAAAA